AUGGGGGACCCAAAAGGCACUCCUCUCGACCAUCUCAACUCUCGCGAGGAUGUCCUCCGCCGGGUUCAAACGGCAGACAGCGUCUUUCUUCCACGUGAAGUGUUCGAGGCUCUCUACUUGAAUCCGGAACGUAACGUUCCAGGUGACUUGAGAAAGAAGUUUGGUAACCCAACUCCGGCGUGUCUGAUCGGCUUCGUCAUCGCAGCCACACCUUAUGCGUGUGCCAACAUGGGUUGGAGAGGUGCAGGAGGUGCAGGAGGUGCCAUUAUCCCGACCAUGAUCUUCUUCGGUGGCGUGCUCCAAGUCUUGGGGGCGAUAGGAGAAUGGAUCCUGGGCAACACCUUCUCCAUGUGCCUGUUCUUCACCUACGGAACCUUCUGGAUCGUCGCCGGGACACAACUCAUCCCUUGGUUCGGUGUCGGCGUGCAGUACUCCCCCGGUGGAAGCAAUCUGCAGGGCAUGACCGAACCUUCGUAUUAUGCCACCUUUGGAUUCUAUUAUCUAUCCCUCGCCCUACUCACCACGAUUUUCACCGUCUGCGCACUCAGGACCAACAUUGUCUUUUUCUGUGCCUUGUUCACCUUGGUCUUCAGUUUCGCUUGUGGUGCGGGUGCGUUUUGGAAUUUGGCUUUGGGGAAUGUCCAUGCCGGUGAAAGGUUGACCGUUGCAGCAGGUGCUUUCACGUUUGCCUUGACGGCAAUGGUAUGGUACGUUUUGGCCGUACAACUCUUGGAGGCAGUUGAUUUCCCAAUCACCCUCCCCGUGGGGGACCUGUCCAGGUACAUCAAGGGGAAGAAGGAGAGGGAACAACUCGUCAAGGAAAGGAUGAGGGGAGGGGGUGCCACCGCGGCCGAGUAG